AUGAAAGAUCGUUUCAAGUUAUACAAGGACAAGUAUAAGAAAGCUCAUACGAAAUCUAUGUCAACUGGCUUUGGUCUGACCCCAGCUGAUCGGAAGGCUGGAAUCACAACGAUCGAGGACAAACUUGAAAAUAUGUGUCCUCUCUACGCUGAAAUGGACAAAAUAUUUGGUAACCGGCCUGACGUCAAUCCGUUGUUUAUGGCGGAUGCAGAGGAUGAAGACGAUUCAUCUGAAUCAUCUUCUGAGGACAACAAUUCCGAUUCCUCAAAUGAGAUGGAUGAGAAAGAUUCAUCUCAUAGUUCUGAGUCCACUGCUAUUCACCCUUUGUUGAAGAAUGCUACUUCACAAGUCAAUAUCGUGGCCCUGGAGCAAGAAAACACAGGUGAUACCUGUCACCUACCUGUUACAGGAUUCAGACUAUACCUGGGCCAGAGUACGUGGAAGGAUUCCUCUCCUCAUCCUUCCAAAAAACCAUUCUCUGACCCAGUAUCGACGUCGCCAAAGGACGACCCCAAUUCUCUCUCUUCCACAUUGAAGCCGCCUCCGCUAAAAAUCUCUUCACCUCUUUUCCAUUCAUCGCCGACCGAUUUGAAACCAACUAUGUCUUCUACUACUCAAGACUCCGAUGUGGCAAGCCACCCUACGCUCAAGAUUACGGGCGUUGAACAGCUGAAGCCACCGGGGUCGGAGUCCAACUAUUUGGACUGGAGUUGGAUACUCGACAUCCAUUUCACUGCGACUGAUGUGGACUACGUCAUCCACGACAAGCCCGAGGACGCGAAAGCAAAACCCAAUUGGGCUCGCGAUAACAAGGCGGUGUGCGGUGUCAUUUCUCGAACAAUCCACCCGACGAACAUCAGGAACGUUCGUCAUCUUAAAAACGACGCACGCGGACUUUGGGAUGCUCUCAAGCGGGCGCAUCAGGAUUCUUCAGCGGGAGGGGUCACUUACUGGCUCCGAAAACUUACAUCGUCCCGUAUGAUCAACAACGAUCUCUCCGCGCACCUUGAGGACAUGGCUAAGACAUUCGAGCGUCUUAGUUCUUUGGUGACGUCCGAAGCUCCGCUGACCCCAAACGACAUUUAUUCCUCGUCAAUCCUCACCUCGCUUCCCACCGACUGGUUGGCUUGCGUAUCUUCAAUGAUGAAUGAGCCUCGUGUGGACCCCGACCGUGUCAUCGACGCCCUUAAGGCAGAGGAGCUUCGUCGCAAGACCCGCUUGUCCGAUCAACCCAUCGUCGAAUCUGUCUCUCAGGCAUCUAAUAAAAAACCAUCUAAAUCCAAGUCGGCCAAGCAAGAUCAGCCGACUCGUCAUUGCACCUUCUGCAAUCUCGACGGCCAUGAUCUAAACCGAUGUUUUAAUGUGGCCCGCCUCAUCAAAAACCACAAAUCGAACCAGGCCCCACCCAAGAACAAGAAGGACGGUACCAACCGUCUCCCCCCCUCUUCUAACGCCUCCACCUACCCAGCAAAAGCAGGCCGUACGUCUGCAGCUCUCCUCGGCAGCUCCAAUCACGAAUCCGAUGGCGAAUUGGACUUCUCUGGCUCGGAGCUUGAGAUCACCGCUGGGCAGGCGGCCGUCUCUCUUUCCUCCUCCUCGCUCCCGACCAUCCCGUCUGGCGAUGCAAAUCUUGACUCGGGUUGUUCAAUCUUGAUGACUCCCGACCUUAAUGCGGUUUCCUCAGCCAAACCCAACAACACUCCUGUCAGCCUCUAUGCUACUAACCUGUAA